AUGGCUUCGAACAGCCCUUCAGCUGCGGAUGAAGAGGCUGACUGCUCGAAAGGCACGGCGUUUUACUCCUGCGUAGCCAACAAUUUUAGGGGAUGUUGCUCCGUGGAUCCCUGUGACUUGAGUUCCUGUCCUGACACAUUCGGAUCUUUGAAGGAUCCCAAAGAUCCCAAAGAUGGCGACAAGAGCAUCGUUUCCAUGAAUGAUGAGGCUACACCCACGCCGACAACUCCGUCACGAUCAACAGCAACUUCAAAAGAAUCUGCAGUCAUGACAGACUCUGGCAUCACUCACACAAUCCCAAACAACUCGAUAGUCACAAUCACAAGACACACAACCAUUGUUACGGGUCGGCCAUCAGUGACCACAUCAACCAGCUCGGAUCCCAUCUCAUCAACCAGUGGCACGCCAAAUUCAGAAUCAGCGUCAUCAACGUCCGAGGGAGCAGCACUUUCUUCAACCACAGACUUCAGCAGCGCCACACCCUCUUCUGCGAACUCGGGAGCGAGUUCACUCGCGCCAGGGGCCAUUGUCGGAAUCGCCGUCGGCGGCGUCGCCCUCAUCGCCAUCAUCGUCGUCACAGUGCUCACGCUGCUACGCCGCAAGAAGCAGCGCAGAUCCGAAGCCGACUUUGAUCUCACUCAAGACAAUGGUCGGGAUGAUGUCGUCGAAGAAAAGCAUUUCCCCCAUCCUGUGUCGGCCCACACCACAAGUACUCAGGGGAGCAGUGACCCCUUUGCUCCCUUUGGAGGCCGAGCAGAUAAGCUUGAAGAUCCAUAUCCUCUAGCUAGCGGUGCCUUUGAGAUGGAUGGAAGCAGCGCUGCCCCGAUUGAGCUGCCCGCCAUGAGCGUCUCAGGCCCAAGCACAAACGCUCAUAAACCAUCUCGGCUCGAGCCCGUCCAGGAAGUCACCACUACGGACCCUCGUGCUAACCUUACGUCGGUGCCGAUAGACGAUGGCAAACCGGUAUAUGUCAAUCACUGGGAUCAGUACAAGAAUCUAGGAUAA